GAACAAUGGUUUAAUAAUCCAACAGGGGCAAUAGACAGGUCAAGGCAGGCAGAGGGCAGAUAACCAGAGGUGGAGCAAUGGUACCGGACGGCAGGCAGGCUCAGGGCAGGCAGCGGUCAAUACUCCAGAGGUGGGGCUCAGGGCAGGCAGCGGUCAAUACUCCAGAGGUGGGGCUCAGGGCAGGCAGCGGUCAAUACUCCAGAGGUGGGGCUCAGGGCAGACAGCGGUUAAUACUCCAGAGGUGGGGCUCAGGGCAGGCAGCGGUCAAUACUCCAGAGGUGGGGCUCAGGGCAGACAGCGGUCAAUACUCCAGAGGUGGGGCUCAGGGCAGACAGCGGUCAAUACUCCAGAGGUGGGGCUCAGGGCAGGCAGCGGUCAAUACUCCAGAGGUGGGGCUCAGGGCAGACAGCGGUCAAUACUCCAGAGGUGGGGCUCAGGGCAGGCAGCGGUCAAUACUCCAGAGGUGGGGCUCAGGGCAGACAGCGGUCAAUACUCCAGAGGUGGGGCUCAGGGCAGACAGCGGUCAAUACUCCAGAGGUGGGGCUCAGGGCAGACAGCGGUCAAUACUCCAGAGGUGGGGCUCAGGGCAGGCAGCGGUCAAUACUCCAGAGGUGGGGCUCAGGGCAGACAGCGGUCAAUACUCCAGAGGUGGGGCUCAGGGCAGACAGCGGUCAAUACUCCAGAGGUGGGGCUCAGGGCAGACAGCGGUCAAUACUCCAGAGGUGGGGCUCAGGGCAGGCAGCGGUCAAUACUCCAGAGGUGGGGCUCAGGGCAGACAGCGGUCAAUACUCCAGAGGUGGGGCUCAGGGCAGACAGCGGUCAAUACUCCAGAGGUGGGGCUCAGGGCAGACAGCGGUCAAUACUCCAGAGGUGGGGCUCAGGGCAGACAGCGGUCAAUACUCCAGAGGUGGGGCUCAGGGCAGACAUCGGUCAAUACUCCAGAGGUGGGGCUCAGGGCAGACAGCGGUCAAUACUCCAGAGGUGGGGCUCAGGGCAGACAGCGGUCAAUACUCCAGAGGUGGGGCUCAGGGCAGACAGCGGUCAAUACUCCAGAGGUGGGGCUCAGGGCAGGCAGCGGUCAAUACUCCAGAGGUGGGGCUCAGGGCAGACAGCGGUCAAUACUCCAGAGGUGGGGCUCAGGGCAGGCAGCGGUCAAUACUCCAGAGGUGGGGCAAAGGUACAGGUCGGCAGGCAGGACAGGCAAGGGUCAAAACCAGGAGGGCACGAAAAAGAGAGACUGGAAAAAGCAGGCGCUGAGCCACAAAAACACUGGUUGA